GAUCAGUCUUUCUUUUAAUAUAUUAUAUGACUGUAACAUUAAAUAACUGUAACGUUAAAAAUGGCUCAUAGAGUUGUUAUUUAUGGAGGCUCUGGUAACCUAGGUAGAAGUCUAAUUACCUUAUUCAACAAGAAUAAUUGGGAAGUGACUUCAAUUGGAACGCGUCCAAAUGAAGAAGCUGCUCAUAAUAUUGUAGUUUCUAAUAAAGAAGAGUCUUUAGAAGUACAAGGGAAAAAAGUUAUACAAAAUUCUAAUUCAAUACUUAAUGGUGAAAAGUAUGAUGCUAUCUUAUGUGUAGCUGGUGGCUUUUGUAUGGGUGAUUUGGCUAAAGAAGAUUUUUUGGAGACUGCGGAUUUGAUGAUUAAGAAAAUUUUGAAUCCUUCCUUGAUCGCGUCAAAAUUGAGUACUGUAAACCUAAAAGAAGGAGGUUUUCUUAUGUUGACGGGUGUAGCUGACUUGCAAUCUACUCCAGGAUUUAUUGGAUAUGGAAUUGCAAAGGCUGCUGUUCAUCAUUUAUUCAAUAGUAUAGCUUCAAAAAAAGGUGGAUUACCAAAGAAUACAAAAGUCAUGGCUAUCCAACCGGCAACGAUUGAUACUCCGGAUAAUCGUAAGGGAAUGCCAGAUGCUGAUUUCUCCCAAUGGAUUCCUUUAGAUUUAUUAACUAGACGUAUAUUUGAAUAUACUAAUGGAACUUUAUCUGUACCUCAAGGAAAAAUGGUUAAAAUUACCACCAAAAACGGUGAAACUAGUUUUGUUGAACUUUAAUGUAAUAUUUUUUUUUUUUUUUUGUUAUUUGUAAAUUUAAUAAUGCGUAA